CAAAGCAAUGGGAACUUCACCAAAUGCGCCGCUGAGAGUCUGAAACACACCGGGCGAAACCCAACGCGUUGUCACGGAAACCGUAAACCAGCGCCCACACCUCGCGCCCGGUAGCGGAGAGCUUGUCGUCUUAACUCUGGCGAAAAAAAGGAGCGAUGGACCCGAGAGACACAGCCCCGGAUUCGUGGGAGUUGGAGGAGGACGCCGAGGCCCCAACCGCCGCCACUGCGGAGCUCCCGUCCGCCUUCUCCGCCCUCAACGUCAACGCCAGGCCGUUCGUCCCCAACGUGAACGCCCCGGCGUUCGUGCCGAGCUUCCUUCAAGCCAACGCCGAGGAUGAGCCGCCUUCAGCCGGUGCCCCUGAUCCAGCCGCCAGCAUGGAGGUGGCAGAAACAGCCGCUCCCGUGGAGAACGGAGGCACAGAGGCAGACAUGACCGCGGAGGAGGAGACGUGGGAGCAGAAGGAGGAGCAGAAGGAGGAGCCGGGAGGAGGUGUAGCUGGACAGGAGGACCUGGGUUCAGCAGCAGCAGCCUGUGACGAGAGUACCGCGAGGAAUGAGGAGGAGGAGGAGAUGAUGGAGGAGGAAGAGGAGGAGACGCCCACGCCCAAGGUGGCGCCGCCGCCGCCGGGCGCCCCCAAGAAGAAGCACGUGAACGUGGUCUUCAUCGGUCACGUGGAUGCUGGAAAAUCAACGAUUGGAGGUCAGAUCAUGUACUUAACUGGAAUGGUGGAAAAGCGAACCCUGGAAAAGUAUGAAAGGGAAGCGAAAGAGAAGAACAGGGAGACAUGGUAUCUGUCGUGGGCGCUGGACACGAACCAGGAGGAGAGGGACAAGGGGAAGACGGUGGAGGUCGGGAGAGCGUACUUUGAGACCGAGAAGAAACACUUCACCAUCCUGGACGCCCCCGGACACAAGAGCUUUGUCCCCAACAUGAUCGGAGGAGCGUCACAAGCCGACAUGGCGGUCCUGGUGAUUUCGGCCAGAAAGGGCGAGUUUGAGACCGGCUUUGAGAAAGGUGGACAGACACGGGAACACGCCAUGCUGGCGAAGACGGCGGGAGUCAAGCAUCUCGUCGUGCUGGUCAACAAGAUGGAUGACCCCACGGUCAACUGGAGCCUGGAAAGGUAUGAAGAGUGUAAGGAGAAGCUGGUUCCCUUUCUAAAGAAGGUGGGCUUCAACCCCAAGAAGGACAUCCACUUUAUGCCUUGCUCUGGACUCACAGGUGCCAACCUCAAGGACCCCUUAACCGUACUUGAGUGCCCCUGGUACACGGGUUUGCCAUUUAUUGCCCAUCUGGACAGUUUGCCAAACUUCACCAGAUCCAACGACGGACCAAUCAGACUACCUAUUGUAGACAAGUACAAGGACAUGGGCACAGUUAUCCUCGGCAAGCUGGAGUCCGGAUGCAUCAGUAAAGCCCAGCAGCUCGUCAUGAUGCCCAACCGGCACACGGUGGAGGUAUUGAUCCUGCUGAGCGACGACGUGGAGACGGACGACGCGUUUCCCGGGGAGAACCUGAAGUUGAGGCUGAAGGGCAUCGAGGAGGAAGAAAUCCUCCCCGGGUUCAUCCUGUGCAGCCCAGACAACCUCUGCCACUCCGGGCGCACCUUCGACGCACAGAUCGUCAUAAUUGAGCACAAAUCCAUCAUUUGUCCCGGUUACAACGCAGUCCUUCACAUCCACACCUGCAUCGAGGAAGUGCAAAUCUCAGCCUUAAUCUGUCUGGUGGACAAGAAGACGGGGGAGAAGAGCAAAACGCGACCGCGCUUCGUGAAGCAGGACCAGGUGUGCAUCGCCAGGUUCCGGGCCAAUGGGGUCAUCUGCCUGGAGACCUUCAAAGACUUCCCUCAGAUGGGGCGCUUCACACUGCGAGACGAAGGCAAAACGAUCGCCAUCGGCAAAGUGCUGAAGCUGGUGCCAGAAAAAGACUAAAUGCACCGGCGGCAGCCUGCAUGGAGUCCUUCCACCCCGUUACCGCCGCUGGAGCCGACCCAACACUUCUACUCUCUUUACACCCCACGAUGCUGAAGGGAGGAGCAAUGACAACGAGGAGUAAUGAAGGAGAUUAAAAUUGCGUCAAAUGAAGAAAACAAGACUGAAUCAGUUUUUAUGAUGAACAAUGUGAAACUAGAGACCGAGUCCAGUGUGUCAGCUUUCUCAUAUUGAGAGCUCAGCUAUGCCACUAAUGUAGCCACACGCCUCCCCCGCCCACCCCCCUUCUGUACUCCCACGGCUAACUGCGCGGUCGGCCGGCCACGCCAUUUGUUUUUAGAAUGGAGAUGGAUGCAGUGUAACUGAGUUUGGGGAAGGAAAAAAAAUGAAAUCGACAGAAUCUUUCUUUAUAUAUUGCAAAAGACCUUUAGAGUUAGCCUGUAAUUUACAAUCUGCAGAGUACAUCUCCCGCUUUUAAGAGCGGGAUUGAGAAUCCAACGGAGAUUUUACUUGUUUUUUUUAGAUAUUCCCAGAAUUUUUAAUUCGGUCCUCCACCCACAAGAGAUUAAUUAGUUAAAUUUGAAUUUGCAUUCUACUCAAGCGUCAUGGAUGAAUGCAUUCACACAAACAGACACAGCUGUUACAUAAUCUAAACUGAAAAUAAAUGAUCACGCUGCAACAUAAAGGUGUAUUUGUUUCCCUUUUAAUAAAUAUUCAAUCAAUGAC